ACAUUAUCCCGAUAUAUUCGCAUCCGACGUGCCUCGCUCGAUGUGUAAGCGCUUUAUUCGUAUCACGAGCCGGGGCGCUCCACAACAAGAUUGGCCCUAGGGCCCGCUUUUUACCACCAAAAUGGAGGCAUCAAAACAAAACGUGUCACUCGAGAAGUAUCAGCGAAAGGGGAGUGGUGGUGAGAAUGAGGGAUAAAAUAUCUUGUUUAAUUAUGAGUGUGUUCUUUUUUUGUGCCCUGUAUGAAUUCUUUUUUUCUUUCUAUUUUACCCCGUCGAGCCUAGGCGGCAUGAGAAGCCCAUCCCUCUUUGAGCUGGAUGGAUGGUGUGCGGUUUUUUCCCUCCCCGUUUUUUUAUUUUUCAUUUGCAAUGAGAAGACGGCGCGGCGGAUGAGGGAUGGAUGCUGGCUCGACCAGUGUAGGAUGGAUGUGGCUGAGGGGAGACGCGAGAUGUCUGAAGGUGCGGGGAGCAGCGAAGCAAGCAAGCAAAUGAAGCAAGCAUAUACCAGCUCAGCUAGGGGUUUUUUUUGUUUUUUUUUGUCAUCUGGUUUCUUGUUUUUCCCCUUUUUUUUGUCUCACCGGAGCAAUACGGGGCGGCGGUUCAAGGUUCAUGGUUGGAUUUGUCUCCCUCUAUCUACCCACCUAUACCUUUGCGCACGCACAACAAACAAUACCAUGAAUUCUCUUUGACGUUGACUUGUCUUUGACGUGAGAUGCUUCCAUGGUGAAAGGCGAAGUUGGGCUUUUUAUUGUUAUUGCAUUGGAGCAAUCGUGUGAAAUUAAUUAGGAGACAGGCAGAUUCUCUAUAUCCCAUCUGCUCUGCCCGCCCUUUCCCCCCUUUCAGUGA